AUGGCCAGUGAUUCCAUAAUCUCUUUUUUUCUUCCUGAUGAACUCAUAACAGAGAUCCUCUUAAGGCUUCCUAUCAAAUCUCUGUCGAAAUUCAUGUGCGUUUCUAAAUCAUGGCUUCAACUAAUCUCUAGCCCCGCUUUUGUGAAGAACCAUAUCAAGUUAACUGCUAAUGACAAAGGAUACAUCUAUCACAGACUUAUAUUUCGAAACACCAACGAUGAUUUCAAGUUUUGUCCUCUCCCUGCCUUGUUUACCAAACAACAACUCAUUGAGGAGCUAUUCGACAUUGAUUCCCCCAUCGAAAGAACCACUUUAUCAACUCACAUUGUCGGCUCUGUCAAUGGGUUGAUUUGUGUAGCCCAUGUCCGCCAAAGAGAGGCAUAUAUAUGGAACCCCACUAUUACCAAGUCAAAGGAAUUACCAAAGUCUACGAGUAAUUUGUGCUCUGAUGGUAUCAAAUGUGGUUUCGGAUAUGAUGAGUCACGUGAUGAUUAUAAAGUUGUAUUUAUCGAUUAUCCUAUUCGUCGUCAUAAUCAUAGGACUGUGGUCAACAUAUACAGUUUGAGGACUAAUUCUUGGACAACACUCCACGAUCAGCUUCAGGGCAUCUUUCUAUUAAAUCUUCAUGGUAGAUUUGUCAAUGGGAAGCUCUAUUGGACUUCAUCGACUUGUAUUAAUAAUUACAAGGUGUGCAACAUCACUUCUUUUGAUUUCGCAGACGGGACAUGGGAAAGCUUGGAGCUCCCCAGUUGUGGAAAAGACAAUUCUUAUAUCAACGUGGGAGUUGUGGGAAGUGAUCUUUCUCUGCUUUAUACUUGUCAACGAGGUGCUGCUACCUCUAAUGUAUGGAUUAUGAAGCAUUCUGGAGUUAAUGUAUCUUGGACAAAACUGUUCACCAUCAAAUAUCCUCAAAAUAUUAAGAUACAAAGGUGUGUUGCACCUGCUUUCACAUUCUCUAUACAUAUUCGUCACAGUGAAAUUUUGCUUCUUCUUGACUCAGCCAUCAUGAUAUAUGAUGGUUCAACAAGACAACUAAAGCACACUUUUCAUGUCAAUCAAUGUGAAGAAAUCUAUGUAGAAAGCCUUGUUAAUCCCCUAAAGAUAUCUGACCAGGGACGUCGUAACCAGGAAUCUCCACAAUCAUCACAUAGCUGA